GGCCGCGGCGGUGCGCGCUCUGAGGCGCGCGGCCUGGCGGGUGUGUAACGGCCGUUAGGCGAGCCAAGGGAGCGAACCGCCGCCCGCGGCUGACGUACCUGGCCGUAGUUGGUGUCCCUGAGUGAGGGAUUUCGCCUCUCGCUUUCAGGCUCACCUGGCUCAAAUAACUGUUAAUGGCCAUGCAGGAGAAAUACCCAAGUGAAAGGAUCUCUCAUGCCACCUCACCAGGUUCCAGUGUGAUUCAGAAGGGCAGUUCCAUGGGGACUGAAUGGCAGACCCCGGUUAUCUCGGAGGCCUUUCGGAGCCGCUUCAGCCGCUGUUCAAGUGUAGCUGACAGUGGGGACACAGCCAUUGGCACAUCGUGCUCAGACAUUGCGGAGGAUUUUUGCAGCUCAAGUAGCAGCCCUUCUUUCCAGCCCAUCAAAAGCCACGUAACCAUUCCAACAGCCCAUGUGAUGCCUUCUACUUUGGGGACCUCUCCUGCCAAGCCAAAUUCUUCUGCUGGACCCUCUUCUUCCAAACUUCCUUUGUCAGGGUUGGCUGAAAGUGUGGGGAUGACAAGAAAUGGAGACCUCGGUGCAAUGAAACGUUCUCCAGGCCUGUCUAGAGAUUUCAUGUAUCUUUGUGGUGCUGCCGGAGAAAAUGGAGUUGAGCAGUCCUGGUUUCCAGCAGUGGGCCAUGAAAGAGAAGAAGAGGUGAGGAAGUUUGAUAUUCCCAAUAUGGAAUCCACCCUCAAUCAGUCAGCAAUGAUGGAGACACUUUAUUCAGAUCCCCACUACCAAGUCUACUUCCACAACCCAAGAACUGACACAAAUAAGGAGCUAUACAAAGUGUUGCCUGAGACCAAGAAGGCACCAGGCAGUGGAGCAGUGUGUGAGCGGAAUGGACCGCACUCCAGCAGCAGUGGGGUUCUCCCUUUGGGACUCCAGCCUGCUCCUGGGCUCUCCAAGCUUCUGCCCUCUCAGGUGUGGCAGCCGAAUCCUGACCCUUGGCAUCCCCGAGAGCGAUCUUGUGAGCUCAGCACUUGUCGACAGCAGCUGGAGUUGAUCCGUUUACAGAUGGAACAAAUGCAGCUUCAGAAUGGAGCCAUCUGCCACCAUCCUGCUGCUUUUGCUCCUUCAUUGCCCACGUUAGAGCCAGCACAGUGGAUCAGCAUCUUGAACAGUAACGAACAUCUUCUGAAGGAAAAGGAACUCCUUAUUGACAAGCAGAGGAAACAUAUCUCUCAGCUGGAGCAGAAAGUGCGAGAGAGCGAACUACAAGUCCACAGUGCUCUUUUGGGCCACCCUGCCCCCUUUGGGGAUGUCUGCUUGCUGAGGCUGCAGGAAUUGCAACGAGAGAACACUUUCUUACGUGCACAGUUUGCACAGAAGACAGAAGCCUUGAGCAAAGAAAAGAUUGAGCUUGAAAAGAAACUCUCUGCUUCAGAAGUUGAAGUCCAGCUCAUCAGAGAGUCACUCAAAGUGGCAUUGCAGAAGCAUUCAGAGGAGGGGAAGAAACAGGAAGAAAGGGUCAAGGGUCGUGAUAAGCAUAUUAAUAAUUUGAAAAAGAAAUGUCAGAAGGAAUCAGAGCAGAACCGGGAGAAGCAGCAACGUAUUGAGACCUUGGAGCGCUACCUGGCUGACCUGCCCACCCUGGAAGACCAUCAGAAGCAGAGCCAGCAGCUUAAGGAUUCUGAGUUGAAGAGCACAGAGCUGCAGGAGAGAGUGACUGAGCUGGAGAGUUUGCUGGAGGAGACCCAGGCAGCCUGCAGAGAGAAGGAGGUUCAACUGGAAAGCCUCAGACAGAGGGAAGCAGAAUUCUCUACUAGACAUAGCCUGCAAGAUAAGCAGUGUGUGGAGGAGGCCAGUGGAGAAGGUCCAGCUCAACUGAGAGAAGAUUCCAAAGUGAAAAUGGAGUCCUGGCAGAAGGAAUGUGAUUCCCUUCGGAAGAUUGUGGAGAAGCAACAGCAGAAGAUUGACCAGUUGCAUUCACAAGUACAGAGCCUAGAGCAAGAAGUAGCUCAGGAAGAAGGAACAAGCCAGGCCCUGAAAGAAGAGGCCCAACGGAGGGAGACAGCCCUGCAGCAGCUGCGUACAGCUGUGAAAGAGCUUUCAGUACAGAACCAGGACCUGAUUGAAAAGAAUCUCACGCUCCAAGAACACCUGCGGCAGGCCCAACCAGGGUCCCCAUCUUCAUCAGACACAGCCCAGCUGGCAUUUGAGCUGCACCAGGAAUUGGCCAGUUGUCUUCAAGAUCUGCAGGCUGUCUGUAGCAUUGUGACCCAGAGGGCCCAGGGCCGUGACCCCAAUCUCUCCCUGCUCCUGGGCAUUCACUCUGCACAGCACCCAGGGACUCACCUAGAUUUGCAGAAGCCAGAUGUGAUCAGGAGGAAACUAGAAGAGGUUCAACAGCUACGCCGUGACAUUGAGGACUUAAGGACCAUCAUGUCAGACAGAUACGCCCAGGACAUGGGAGAAAACUGUGUCACACAGUGAGGAAUGCUGGGGGUGGGACAGGCUGUAUUCCCCUAGGGAGAAUCUGGUCUGUUGAAAGCCUGGUCUAGCAGGUCCUGCCCUGACAAUCUCUUGCCUCCUAUCUGCUGCUAUUCCCAGAGAGAAGGGGUGGAGGGGAGGUACAAGCCUGCAUCUAGGGCCAAGGGCUGAUUAGAGAAUUUUGUUUGUCCUGCCCUGCACUGGCUUUGCUUUGUUGGAUUGCAUUUCUCCUGUCAUCCUGAUUCACCCUUUGAGGGUGAGUUACUAAUUAACUUUUGCAGGUGAACUGGUAAGUCCUCACAGACUAUUCCUAGCCACAGACUGACGUCACAGGCAAACAGGCUGCUCACCUCCCUUCUCCAUCCUUUGGGGUGGAUCCACAUUCAUUCCCUCUCCAUACCUUGGUAUUGGUGAUGCCCAGAGUUCUUUAGAGGGGCUGGGAAUGGCUGAAUACCAGUAACAACGGCCAUUUGAGAAUUCUCAGGCCCCAUGUAUCAGCCUUCCUGGGAACUGAGUUGGCUCUGGCUUUUCUUAGGCCCAGUUCCUCUGCUUCUUCCUCAGGGCUCUUGUCCUCACAGAUGCCUCAGGGUGAUCUAUUCAUUAGCAAAGUACUCACUUGGGGGCCUAGGGAUUAUAACGAGGACCUCUUUAUAUGUGCUGCCAUGCCCUUUACAGGAGACCCUACUCUAGUCGCCCUGUGCCCUAGUCAUGUGGUUAGCACAGCCCCCUUCUCCUUUGUUCUCAGGCCAGCUGGGCAGCUCCUUUCUUGGGCUUUGAGUGCAAACUCUUCUCUAUGGUUCUGGGUUUGGGCAGGAUUUUCCCCCAGGAUACCACAGGGCAACUGUCAAGCUGCUCACCCCCUUCCCUGAGGGCUCAGCCAGUGCUCAGCCUUCUGAUUUGUGCCUCUCUUGCAUUUGGGGUUGUGUGUCCUUUCCUUUUCCUGCUCUAGGCUCCUUGAGAGGUCAGAGUACCCAGUAUAGGUCAGCUUUAAGAUACAGCUUUCAAUGUUUUCUGUUGUUUGUUUCUCUGGGGCCUUUGGACCCUCUGCUUUCUGGUUUCUCUUGCCUCCUUGUUGAGGGAGCUUCUCACAAUUGUUUGUAUCUGGUUGUUGGGCCAGCCCCCAACCUCCUCUAGAUCUGGAGCCAGGCCAAGCCAGGGCUGUGUGUGGGUAGCGGGGAGCACUGAGCAGUUCAGGAGCCCAGAGUCAGCCACUGGGAGAUUCUUGCUAAGCUUUGGACUGGCAGGGCAGCGUCCUGGACCUCACUCCUGGGCCUGAAUGAGACUCUUAAGUGUUUUUACAAGUCUGUGUUUUAUUUAUGGAGUGACUUAUCCCUUCCAUUCAGAACAGCCCCACCCAGCCAGUCCUCUCAGCCUCUGGGCUCCUGCCUCCUGAAAACAGAGCUGCCUGGUUGGUCUCCACCCUGUAUUGGGAGCCCAGCCACUAUGCUCACGGGUAUUUUUCCUCAUAAAGUUUAUAAGCAGUUAUUUAUAUGAAUCCUUGUUAUGUCAACUGGUUUGUAUUGCCUAUUUUGAUUACAAAAUAAAAAUUUAACAGACUCUUCAGUUUU